AUGAGCAGCGGGUCGCCGACCGCCUACCUGCUAUGGGCUAUCCUUGCCGUCCUGUUCCAGAUCUUCCUCGUCGUGCACCUGUGGUGCUACGACCGCUUCAAAUGCGUGCUGUGGAACUCGGGAAGGCAGCCGGGCGCGUUCAAGCGCGUCAUGACGUAUUCGUACCUGGGGACGAUACCCGCCCUCGUGUUCUUUGGCGUCGCGAUGACGCAGCUCAAGUUUGCGGAAGGGUAUGUGUUGUAUGGAGAUGAAAUUAUACCGAGACCGUACGAGAUGUGGAGACCCCAGCAUCGACAUUGGGUGCUGCCGCUGUUCUUCGUGUUCAGCGGGGCAUGGGCGUUUGAGCUAGUGACGCAUCUCGAAGAGCUCACGUUCUGGCUCUUCCUCCUCCACCAAGGCCCGAGCAGACGAGACUGGUUCACCAGCGGCGAGUACCGGCUCUGGUACACCGGCAGCGUCGUCUCCGUCAUCGGGAUGCCGCUCACCACGCUCGUGACCCGGCGCGAUCUGGAGAUGUGCCAGAUAUGGAUAUUCCUCGUCGGCUCGUCCGCGAGCACCGCGACGACGCUCAUGUUCCUCUAUGUGCUGUACAUGUUCCCCGGGUUCCUGCGCUACGUCAAGGCGGAGGGCGCCGAGGUCGAGGUCGUCGUGCGCCUCGCGACGUUCUACCAGCUCAAUCUGAUACGCGUGUGCUUCCGGUUCUUGUUCACGCUGCCGCUCCUUAUAUUGGCGAUUGAUGGCGUGCAGGGGCGCCAUCCGAUACUCGCGAACGCGUUCGGGACAGACUUCCUACUGAUGCUGGGCGCGAUUGGGUGCUUCGUCUCCUCCGCAAUCACCCUCCUCAUAUUCUUCCCCCGCUCCCUCGUGAAAGAGACCGACUACCUCCCCGAGCGCCCCCCGACAAUAAUCGCCACCUCGCCCAAGGCGCCCGCGGCGCCCGUGUACGAGAGCGCCGCGCCGUCAACGACGGGGAGCUUCUUCCCGUUCCCGCAGCCCGCGCCGUACAGUCCCGGGUCGGAGAUCAUGCUCGACGCGCACGCGCACGUGCACCACUCCGCCAGCGCCAACGGCAAUGCGUACCCGCAGACUGUGAGCGUGUACCGCCCGCGGACGCGCGGCGGGGACAAGGACGGCGGGGUGGGCGUGGAGGUGCACAGCCUGGACGGCGCGAUCCAGGAGGAGGCCGCCGUCAGCCCGCCGCCGCCGUCCUACCGCCGGCACUCGAGCACCGUGCUCGCGGUCGUCCGGGCGGGGGCCGUGGGUGUGGCGGAGGAGCGGGAGCGGGAGCGGGAGCUCGCGGGGAGCCAGAGCCAGAGCAAUCUGCACCCGUACGUGACGGCGUUCACGUCGCCGAUCGAUUUGCCGGAUACGGAGGCGCCGGAUGAUGGGCUUCCGCGGGCGAUAUAACCCAGCCCCUCCGCGUCCUUGUCCCCCGCUACUACUCGAUGCAUUAUCUACGCCCAUGUUACGCGUUCGACUCCCAUCUUACCACUCCACCCCACCCUAGCCUACCCUAUCCCCGCACCGCACCGCAUAUAAUGUACAUACCGUCACGUCGGGAUCCGGAUCGGAAUGCUGUCUUGUUGUAUUGCUGUAUGCUUUGUGAAUGUACUGUAGUUACGUGUAUAUUAGGAUUGGUGCUCU